CCCGGACCCGAGGUGGGCGCGCCCGGGCCGGGCCGCCUGAGAGCCCCAGGACCCGAGCGCCUUUCACCUUUCCCGGGGUGCGCGAUGACUCGCCCGGGGGCGCUCCUCUCAUCCCUGUGUAGCUGACAGUCCAGGUGGGGAAGAGAUGGCCGACAGCGUCAAAACCUUUCUCCAGGACCUCGCCAGGGGCAUCAAAGACUCCGUCUGGGGCAUCUGCACCAUCUCCAAGCUAGAUGCGCGGAUCCAGCAGAAGAGAGAGGAGCAGCGUCGGCGGAGGGCAGGCAGUGUCCUGGCGCAGAGGCGGGCCCCGAGCACAGAGCGGAGGCAGGAGAGUGAGCCACGCAUCGUUAGCAGGAUCCUCCAGUGCUGUGCGUGGAAUGGCGGAGUGUUCUGGUUCAGCCUCCUCCUGUUCUACCGAGUGUUCAUCCCUGUGCUGCAGUCGGUCACCGCCCGCGUCAUCGGUGACCCGUCCCUGCACGGAGACGUCUGGUCCUGGCUGGAGUUCCUCCUCACGUCCGUCUUCAGUGCACUCUGGGUGCUGCCUCUGUUUGUGCUCAGCAAAGUCGUGAACGCUAUCUGGUUCCAGGUGGAAACAAUUCAAAAUCCAAAUGCUGGCCCCAGCGUUUCAGAGAAGAUCAAAGUGAAGUGGGGCAGUGAGAAAACAAGCCGCCAGGUCCAGGACUCGAACCGUGGUCAGCCAUGUGGGAGUCCAGUGCCCUCAACUGCCACGCCACCUGCUGCCCCAGUCACCCGGCAGUUUUUGUGGCCAGGCAGUGGCCGCAGCUCAGGGCACAUACCGAGGCCGUCGCACGGUGGGCUGCGCUGCUCCCUCUUGCAGGAUAUCGCCGACCUGGCCUUCGAGGUGUCCGGGAGGAAGGCUCACCCGUUCCCGAGCGUCAGCAAAGUCAUCGCCGACAUGCUCUUCAACCUGCUGCUGCAGGCCCUUUUCCUCGUCCAGGGCAUGUUCGUGAGUCUCUUUCCCAUCCACCUCGUGGGCCAGCUGGUCAGUCUCCUGCACAUGUCCCUUCUCUACUCGCUGUACUGCUUCGAGUACCGUUGGUUCAAUAAAGGGAUCGAGAUGCACCAGCGGCUGUCCAACAUCGAGAGGAACUGGCCUUACUACUUCGGAUUCGGCCUGCCCUUGGCCUUCCUCACGGCCACACAGUCCUCAUACAUUGUCAGCGGCUGCCUCUUCUCCAUCCUCUUCCCGCUGUUCAUCAUCAGCGCCAACGAAGCCAAGACCCCUGGCAAAGCGUACCUUUUCCAGCUGCGCCUCUUCUCCCUGGUGGUCUUCUUAAGCAACCGGCUUUUUCACAAGACUGUCUACCUGCAGUCCGCCCUGAGCAGCUCAGCCUCUGCGGAGAAGCUCCCCUCGCCGCAUCCGUCUCCGGCCAAACCCAAGGCCGCUGCCGGCCAGUGAGUUCCUGCCACCCAGGGAGAGGCAGCUUGGAGGAGGCCGCGGCAGCCCCUCCCCACACCUGUGCAGGGGGGAGGACCCAUGAUGCCAAGGACCUCUGCACGUUCCCUUCACAGGGAAUUAGAAGGUCCGUCCCUGGAGCCUGCAGGUGGGGCCCCGACAGCAGGCUGUGGUCCUCUAGCACUACCAUGAGUCUAAGGGCCACGGGUCUCCUGCAGCCGUUGCAGCCCGUGCUGGCCCUGCGCCUGGACUGACUGAACGCUGCGUUCUUCUCCCUGUGCCAUUUCCCCUGCCCUGCCCUGCCCUCACCACCUGUGGACAGUGGGCUCUGUCAUUGUGUCCUCGCUGUUGUGUGUCGUGGGUGUGGUUCUUGCUGUCUCUGUGAAGCACAUGCAUUGGACAUGGGCGGUGAAGGAGGACCUCACUGUCCUGGUUGUUCCCUUUAUAGCCAUCACUGUCUUGUUCCUUGUAACUCAGGUUAGGCUCGGGUCUCUUGCUCCACUGCAAAAACAAAAAGGAAAAUAAACAAAAACUGUUGAGCCUAGAGAGGUGGGACUGGAGGGAAGGCCUCAUAGCCAGGCCUGCUGGGAAAAGGCUUUUCCGCUGGCACAUGUAGAGCCCCUGUUUGUGGGGAGGCACCAGCCCCGGACAAGUGCCCUGCGACAGGGACGCUCAGAGCACCUGGACUCCUCCGCUCGGGGACUCACUGCCGGCCCGCCGGGCUGUCCUUCACAGGAACGUUGGGUGCUGCGCAUAGGAGCUGAGGGCCAGGCGUACUGAACCACUAACCGCCAUUGGUUGGUGUCCUGUCAUUUUAAGAGACUAAUUAUGGGGGUGUAGAUGUCAAAAUACUUGUACAAUUUUAAAAUGUCACAAUUAAAUGUGAGCUGGUUUCCCA